CACAUUUUUUUGAAGUGGAUUGUUUAAUAAUUUCAGUUUUAAUUUGACACGUUUUGCUUACACUUUUGAAAAAAAAAAGUUUUAUAUAUUGAAGAGUUUUUGUAUUGAUUGAUACUUAUUUGGAUGAGGGAACUGAAAUCUUAUUUUGAAUUAUUUUCUUUUUUCCCCACAUUCUGAAGUACAUUUUUUCUGAAUAACAUUUUUCGAUAAAAAGUUGAUCAUGAUUGCAGUCUAAACAAACAGAAUGGUUUUGGUGAGGUAUUCAUUAGUUUAUUCUUUAUAACAAAAUAAUUAUUUGAAAAUAAUGCAUUUCCAUUGUUUAUAGAUUGAGAAAGAUAUAAAGAUACAUAGAUAUUAAAAUUAUUUAGUAAACAAAUAUAACCAAUUUCAUUUUCCAAUAUUUUUUCAGAUAAUAAAUUCAACAGUUUCAGAAAAUAGAAAAACAGUGUUUAAAUUUUACUCGCAUUUGACAAUACUGGCAUUGCACACAAGCAAAAGCAACUGAGUUCAUCUUAAAGUUUAGAGCCGGGAGGGUUUCAGAAAUGUCAGUUUAGUGUUGGUGCACAGACAGAAAAGCUCCUCAUCAUGCUGCUGGCUCUGCUCCUCGCUCUGAGUCUCUGCUCUUGGACUCUCUCAUCGGACUCGUCAUCCACAACGAUCCAGUACCGCGUUUGGGAGGAGCAGCUGGCGGGCACCCGGGUCGGCUGCCUGGGGGACGACCUCCGGCAGAGGGACGAGGGCGGCCCGCUGGAGGAUUUCCAGGUGGUGGAGCAGGGAACAGCCCUUCCUUUCUCUGUCAGCGCCCGGGAUGGGUUGGUGUCCACCCAGGGCCACCUGGACCGGGAGGAGCUGUGCCAGGGCUCUGACCUGUGCGAAGUGGCCUUCAGUGUCCUCUACAGACGGAGCGGUGCCAUGAACUACCUUCGGGUUCGUGUGGAGGUGAUGGACUUGAAUGACCACAGCCCAAGCUUCCCAAGCUCCUCACAGGAGGUGGAGAUUUCUGAAACUGCUGGCCUCAGGAUGCGGAUCCCUCUGGAUCGAGCACUGGAUCCUGAUGCGGGACCAAAUGGGCUCCAGACCUACUCAUUGUCAGUCAACCAACACUUUGCUCUGGACGUGACAACAGGUCCAGGUGGGGCGAAACAGGCCGAACUGGUGGUAAUUAAAGAGCUGGACCGAGAGGUCCAGGCCUCCUUUGACCUCACCCUGACUGCCUGGGACAAAGGUAACCCUCCUCGAUCUGGGAGCACAUUAGUUCACAUCAAUAUCCAGGACUCAAACGAUAACAGCCCCACGUUUGAGGACAGCAGCCCCACUGUGACACUCAGUGAGGAUACAGCACUCGGGACAACUGUGAUUAACCUGAAGGCCACUGACCCUGACCAAGGCGCCAACGGAGAGGUGGAGUACUCCUUCAGUAAGUACACUCGUCCAGAGGUUCAGCGGCUCUUCUAUGUGGAUCCGCAAACUGGGGCGGUUAGCGUCAAGGCACCGCUGGAUUACGAAGCUCAGUCUUCUCAUGAAUUAAUCAUUCAGGCCAGUGAUCAGGGGCCCAAUGCAAUACCCUCCCACUGCAAAGUGCAUGUCAAGCUAAUGGAUGUUAAUGAUAAUGCACCAAGGAUUCGUAUGACCUGGACACCUCCCAACUCGCCGGCUGCAACAGUGCUGGAAGGAGCACCAGUGGACACAUUCCUUGCUCUUGUGACUGUCUCAGAUGCAGAUUCGGGAGAAAAUGGAGCUGUGAAUUUGGUGAUUAAGAAAGGCUCUGGACCUUUCCAUCUAAAGAAGAUCCACGGAGACAACUACAUGAUCGUUACGAAAGACCGACUGGAUCGAGAGAAUGUCAUGCAGUAUAACAUAACACUCAUUGCACGAGAUGAAGGAUCUCCUCCACUGUCUUAUGUCGAUUACCUGCCGGUCUCUGUUCUGGAUGAGAACGACAACCCCCCAAUGUUCUUCAGCCCUGUCUACAAGGCCUCCAUCAAGGAGAACAACAAGGCAGGCUACCAUGCGUUAAAAGUUGAAGCCUACGACGUUGACCUGGAUCUCAGUGGAAAAGUGUCCUACUCCUUCAGCAAUGCCAUCGAAUCACCCCAAUCUUUCUCCAUCCACCCAAAGACUGGAGUCAUCAGCGUCCGGCAGCCUUUAGAUUAUGAAGAAUUAAACGCCUACUCAUUCAUUGUGGAAGCUGUUGAUCAUGGACAUCCACCACUUACAAGCACUGCAACUGUGCAAAUUGAUGUCGAGGAUGUAAAUGACAACCCUCCAGUGAUUAAAGAGCCAAAGCCAAGAAAAGGUUUGGCCUCUCUGAGCAUACCGGUCAAUGCAUACAAAGGGGAGAUUGUCACUGAGCUGGGGAAUAACAUUGAAGAAGAAGAUGAACCAGAAAAAGCUAUCACUUCACUGAGUAGUCACUUACCCCGAGAAGGACUUGUUGGCUUUCUUGCGUCCACAAUAAAGGCUGAAGACCUUGACUCUGGAGUGAAUGGAGAACUCAAGUACCAGAUCACUGAUGGGAACCCAUCUGAACUUUUCUGGUUGGAGGAAAGUACAGGCCAAUUAUUUGUCAACACCACCAAUGCCACAGAGCUCAUUGGGAAAACCUUCACGGUGGACAUAGCUGUAUCUGACAUGGGCACCCCGAGCCUGUCCACUAAGGCAACUCUGGAAGUGACUUUCAUCAACCUUAAAGAUCAUUUGAAGAACUCAUCUCCUGGAAACCGCGGGCAGCUCAGCUUCACCAUGAUGAUGGCCAUCUGCCUGGGCGCCACCUGCCUGCUCCUCCUGCUGGCCAUCGCAUUGGUUACGACACUGUGCCGCCCCGAGAAACGUGACAAUCGAGCAUACAACUGCAGACAGGCGGAAUCCAGCUACACCCGCCAUCCUCGGCGCCCACAGAAAAACAUCCGGAAGUCUGACAUUCAGUUGAUUCCUGUCAUCCGAGGACGAAAAGAAGAUCCUCGUGAGGAUGAUGGUGAGGAUCAGCCACUGAGUCAUCCUCCUCCUGAAGAUCAGUUGACUGAGAAGCAAUAUGACGUAGUACAAUCUGCCAUGAAUACAAGUUUUCAAUCCCAAAACUAUCUAGAAGGGGACGUCACCCAUCACAGCAAAACACUUCGGAAGCCUGCAAACAUCGAGCUGGAUGGUACUUUGCCACUGACUCCAGCAACAUCAUACCGGACUCUUCGUAAGACCAGAAAUCCUUCCUCAUCCUCCUCAGCCUCCCACACCAGCACACUGAAGCGCCAGAAUCACCCCAAAGGAUCACAAGGAGACCUGCAACAUUCGGCAUCUCAGGCAACACUCAGGAGACCGAAGACUUUGGAAAGAGGAGGAACACAGGACGCAGAACACCGGCAGAUGCUUCGAAACCUGGUUCGCCUGUCGAUGGCGGCACUCGGGGACUCCAUUGAGCUUUCCUCAGCCUCCCCGGAAGUUCAACAGAUCUCCCAGCUCCUCUCCCUCCUCCGUGAGGGUCAGCUCCAGCCGAGGACAAACUUCCGCGGGAACAAAUACUCUCAUCGUAACGGCAGAUAUGGCGGUCAGGACUGUUCCGACUGGCAGAGCACUAAAGACAGCGGGCACGGGGAGAGUGAGGCCGGAGACGUGGACUGGGAGGCGGGACGAGACUCGCCCAUCGACCCUCAGCUGGAGGAGGGACUCAACAACCUGCUCAACGCCCCUGAUGAUGUUUUCUCGGACGUCUGCGACCCCUCCUGGAUGGCCAGACUCUCCCUCCCGCUCGGCAGCGACUACCACGACAACAUUUUUGUCCCCAGUGGGCCUCCGUCCUCUGACAGCUCCGUUCUUCCUCGGGACGGACUGGACUCCACCUCCUCUUCCUCCUUCUCCACCUUCGGUAAGACCCCGGAGAAGGACGGCCCACUGGGCGGAGCCCUGCUGUCGGAGGUCAGCACACUCUUUGAGAUGCUGAUGACGCAGAAGGCCGACUCCCACCCGGGCCCCCGGCCCGACGUCCUGUACCGCCUCUCUGCGGCGUACCGCCGCUCCCUGGGCUUGGACGGAGUGGCCAAUGCCACCACUGCCAGCGCCGCCCCUACUGUAGCAAAGAAUCAUGGGAACUCUGAGAAGAAAUCCGGUCCGAGCGCCUCGUCGGGACUUCGCCAAUGAGUGUCUGCUUAUCGAACACUGGGAAAAGAAAUGUAAAUAAUACCGGAAUUAAUCUAUUCAGUGAAUUUCAACACUUUAGUUGCUGAUUACAAGAUGUUCCAUUGGACGAGUUAACAUGUUCUGGUAGAUAAGACCAUCAUCCACAUAGAAACGCUCACUGGAGCAGAGUUGAAUGUAUGAGAUAUUUCACUAUUUUAAAAUGCCGUAAAAAAAGUUGUUAAUAUCAACAUGUCAUGUGAGAUUACCAAUUGGGAAAUUCCCUUUUCCCAGUUCGGAGCAGGACAACAGCGUUCCAAAAGUAUGCAGAUAAAUAACAAAAAACUAUAUAUUCACAUUAAAAAAAAAAAAAAUCGAAUUUUUAAAAAGCAAUCUUUUGGUUCUGUCUAACUAAUAGCUAUGCUAGCCUAUGCAGUUUAUGAAGUUCAGAGAUUUCUACAGUAACUGCACUAAGGUUACAUCACGAAGAAAUACUUCUAGUCAUGUACUGUACUUCUCGUGCUGCCUUGUUUGGUAAAGUACCUUUACUCAGCUCCAAAAAAAUGAAGAAAAUAACUGCCUCUCUCCAAUGGGAAAUUCCCACUUCACAAAUUUUCCAAUAUGUAAUUUUUCCAUCUCUUAACAACUGAAUGCAACAUAUUUUAACUUUUAUCAUCCACAAAGUUCAACCACAGACUGGUUGUGUCUAGAAAGAUCGUAUUGACUUCCUGAGCCGUGUGUGAAGUGAGAAUCAUCACCUCAUGUUGUUGGGACUGAAGAGUACAGACAUUGUGUGACUGGGAAGAUAUGAUGGACGUGGAUUUUCCCAUUGGGAAGUGGGAUGUUUCCGAGGUGCCACUAACUCAUGAACACACAUGGAUUCCAGCGUGAAGGGGGUGGGGCUUACAGAAAAACUGCUGUAAAACAUUGAAAACAACUCGGAAUUCUGAGUUACAAGGGAACAGAAAGCAGACUGGUUGAUUGUUUUUUUCCUCUUUGAAGCACUGAGACUUUGAUUGUUGGUCUGCGGACAGCAGCAGACGGAGAUGCUCUCUGUCCAACAGGAAGUCAUAAGCUCGACUGUUGUUCAGCUUCGGGCCGGCGACUGAAAGGAAACGUUUUGUCUUUUCCUGCACCACAACAACAGAAAUAAGCAAAAAGGAAAUGGGUCAUUUCAGCCUGAACUCUAGACUAUUCUCUCGAACUUUUUCAUAAGUCCAAAUUUUGUUGUAGCUGCUCUGCUUUAUUUUGCAGCACUUUGUACAUAUUUUGUAUUGUCAAUUCCUUUUGUAUCUUUUCAAUAAAAUGC